AUGACUUGGGGGGUUGGGUCUCAAUUUUUUGUCGCAACUGGCCAGUUUGCCUGUAGCGCAUGUGGUGCAGCGUUGAGUUCCGAUACGGGUUUCUGUGACCGAUGCGGGCGCCGGCAAGAUGUGGAUCAUUCUGCUGAGGGCGACUUGGUGCAAAGCCUCGGUCGACGUUUGGAAAGCCUAGAGCAAAGACGCGAGGCAGCAGAGCAGCGUGCAGGACAGCUGGUGGAACUGCGUCGCCUGGUGGCUGAAGGUCGGCACAAGCAGUACCUGACCCAUUUCAUGACUUUGGACGACCAGGGCUUUGAUCUUCACAAAAUUGAAAACGGCAGCGCGAUCAGCACACAAUCAACAGGCAGGAGCCGUGACAAGUCGGUCACGUUGGCUUUCUUGGGGAACCAAUGUUGA